CAGAGGAUCUCCAAACGUUAUUGAAACUGAAACACCGCGAAAUGUAAAUAAAACAUAUUUAUUGAUUUAACUCAGUUCCGGGGUACCGCAGUUCCGUGUUGUGGAACAGAAUAGAAGAGAUUAUGAUGUCAGAGAAAGUUGCUGGUUGGGAUGACGAUGAUGAGGAAGAUUGGAUGGACACUGGCUGGGCCCAGCCCCAACAAAGUGGGAUCAUAGGUCAGCGCUCACCAACUGGCUACCCAACACAAAAUCAGGCCAUGGUGGAUGGUUCCAUUUAUAUGGAUGGGAAUACAGAGACAAAGACACUUUCAUCUUCUGAUUCAGCUCAUAGUGGUGUAAAGGAGAGUUUUAAAAGUGAUUUGCCUGAGGGGCUGGUGGGACGCAUGUUGCUGAAUGACAACAAGGCCGGGAUGGAGGGGCUGGACAAGGCAAAGAUCAACCAGAUCAUACAUGAGGCAUCAAAAGGUUCCAAGUUCUUUGAGAAUGAGCGAGAGAAGGAGGCCCAAAUGAAGGUCCGAAUUUCUCAGCAACACGAGAAGGUGGCCCUUAUCACAGCUGAGCAGCUUGUGCAAGGGAAAACUGAGGCUGACAAGCUUUUGGAGGACUUUGAGCAGCAGCGGGACCUGAGCCGCACUAUUGUACACGUAGACAUGGACAUGUUCUACGCUGCCGUGGAGAUGCUUGACAACCCCGCCCUCCGCAACAAACCAAUGGCAGUUGGUGGGAACUCCAUGCUGUCUACUUCCAACUACAAUGCGCGCAAGUUUGGGGUGCGUGCAGCUAUGCCUGGCUUUAUUGGAAAAAAACUUUGCCCAGAUCUGGUCAUUGUGCCUCUCAAUUUUGAGAAGUAUACAGCCGUUAGUAAACAGGUGAAAGCCAUUAUAUCCAUGUAUGAUCCAAACUAUUGCCCUAUGUCAUUAGAUGAAGCUUAUCUCGAUAUAACCGACCAUUUGGAGAAGCGAAAAUUUAUGACAAAAAAGGAACGGACAGUUAUAUGUAGAGACUCUGCUUACACAGACUCCAGAAACCAUUGCCUGUGUGAUUUAAAUGAGAUUCAUCCAAAACAUGGGAAGGAGAAAGCCACAAUAGACAGUGAAUACAGUCACAAGAAUACACAUGAAAAAACAGAUGCAGAUACUAUGGGUCCAGUUUCAAUAGUUUUAGGAAAUGAAUCAAGUAAUAGCUCACAAGUUAAUUUAUUAACUGACAUUGCUUCACCUAGUAAAGAGAGAGAAUCUGUGAAAGCUGUGUGCCCUGAGUGUGGUAAGCUGUUUCCUCCCUUUGAAGAGCAGACUUUUGGUACAAAUGAUGAGGAUGCUGUGCAGGAAAUGAGAUGCAGAAUAGAACAGAGAACAAGGCUUACAGCUAGUGCAGGCAUAGCCCCUAACAUGAUGCUGGCGAAGGUAUGUUCAGACAGAAAUAAACCAAAUGGUCAGUUCAAGAUAGCAGCUGAGAGAGAAAAUGUCAUGGACUUUAUCCAGGAUCUGCCAACUAGAAAGAUCAGCGGUAUAGGCAAGGUGAGUGAGGCAAUGUUGAAUGCCCUCGGUGUGUGUAAAUGCCGGGACCUGUAUGAGAGAAGGGGGCUUCUCUACCAUCUGUACUCACCUAUUUCCUUCAACUACUUCAUGCGGAUCUGUCUUGGUAUCGGCUCCACUACUGUAGAGAGAGAUGGUGAAAGGAAAAGUAUAAGCACUGAAAGGACUUUCUCUGAGCUGAGUCGGCCCGAGGAUUUGUACCUGAAGUGUGAAGAGCUCUGCUGCUGUCUGGCUGAUGACCUCAAAGAGGAACAACUGAAGGGAAAAACUGUGUCAAUCAAGAUCAAGACUGUAAAGUUUGAAGUUAAGACGCGUGCUCAUACUCUACCGGACUACACCAAUGACGCUGCUGAUGUUAUAAAGGCUGCCACUGCGCUGCUGAAGACUGAGAUUCAGAAUGCUGCUCCUCAGCCUUUACGACUCCGACUGAUGGGGGUCAGGAUGUCUAAUCUUCUUCAUGAGAGCCAGUGUAAAGGUGUUAAACAGAACACCAUUGUUGGAGCAUUUAAGAAACUGGCUAACAAGUCCCAGAAUGAUAAGGACAAAUCUACAAAACAUUUAAAUGCUCAUAAUGAGGCACAAUGUGAUGAUUUUGAUAAUGUAAAAACAAGUUUGAAGAAUAGAAACACUACAAGCAACAGUACUGCACAGACACCUGAAACUGGUUUAAAUCCAUCAAACAAGCAAAAGGAAAUGCCUCAAAUUAUUGAAGAUAACAAAACACUUCCUAAAGAUGUCUCCAAAUCCGAGACAGACAUUUGUGAUUCUGAGAUGUUGCCUGUACAGGAAACUCAGGUGUUCAACAGUAAUGAUGUAAGAAUUACAAGCACAGUCUUAAAGAGUUUAACGAGUGAUGAUGACAAGGUAGUUGUGAUGGUUGGCAACCAAAGGCAGACGAGGAGUGGGACAGCAGGCACCCCCUGGGCUGAGAGGAGAAGGAACCGCAGGAACACUGCUACUGAGCAAAGGCUUGCGUGUCCCAUUUGUGGGCGGACUGUUGUCUGUACAGGCCUGGCACAGUUUAAUGAACAUGUGGAUGAGUGCCUUGAGGGACAGUCUACACAGCCCUUGAAUCUGGACACACAGGUGAGUCCAGCAGAAAAGACAAGUGAUACUGAGAAUGAGGGACAGCUUGAGGGGAAAAAUAAAAGAAACAAAACGGAAAAUAGUGAGAAUGUGAAGGGAAAGGAAGACUCAACUGAACAUGUAAAACAGGCAGAUGCAUCAAGGAGAGCAGGCAGUGAUCAGGAGAAGCAUGAAAACAAUGUGCCAGUGUUGUUUGGAGGCAGGGGUGUAGAAGCAGAUUGUCAUUUAACAAACGGUGAAUUCAUGGAAAGCAGAGGACCAAAUUGUAACAAUGAAAACUCAUUCCGGAUGGAAACUGAGUAUAUUGAGAAAGAUAGAAUACAGGAUAAUGAUGUUAAACUGAUCGUCGAUUUUAAUGACCAUAACAUUGAUACUGAUUGUGAAGGGGUUGUUCUUAUUCGAGAAGAACCUAAACUAACUAAAGAAACUGAACAUUUAGAUAUUCAGGAGCCUUGCAAUGCUUUGAAAUCUAGUGAAAUGAACAAUAUUCGGUCUGCUUUCAUCCAUACAAAUAUGACUUCAAAGUUUUGUGGUAACGAUAAAUGUAAAAGCAAUGCAUCAUCAAACCAUGUAACUAAUGUUGACCAUGAAUCUGGGAAAGAAAUAGAUGUUUUAUUAAAUGGACAAGUAUCCCAAACCUCUGAUGCUUUAUUAGCAGUUGUUAAAAAGUUCUGUGAUAAAUCAGAUGUUGAAUUGUCAACAUCAGCCAAAAACUGCAAACAAAGAUAUUCCAGUGAUCCAUCAUUACCAUGUCUUAAGUUGUAUGGCCUACAGGACUUAAACUGUGAGGUCAGUAAAGGUGCAGAGGAUAAAACAAUAUGUGAUGAUGAAGAUUUUACGUUGCAAACAUUCAACAGUAAUCAAAUAAAUGAGGACAGAGUAGUAAAAAUAGACAUUAGGGAAACUGCUGCAUGUACCAAAUUGAUGAAAGGCUCUCAGGCAAGCACAAGCUUAUAUGAGGUAACAUGUCAGCAAGAAACUGAAAAAGUUUCAUGUCCAUUUGAUAAAUUGACUGAAGCUAGUAGUGACAUUAGUUCUUAUGAACCAGAGCCCUCCACAAGUACAAGUUUACAUUACUCAGACAUUGACCUAGCAUACUCUGAAAAAGAACCUAUGAAUAGUAAUCAGAGUGCCUUAUCUCUGGCCCCAGAUUCGCCCCCUGCUGGACGACCCUCUGCUUCCCUGCUGGUGUGCCCUGUGUGCAACACUGAGCAAAGGUUGCCCAGCCUCGAGGCCUUCAAUAGCCAUGUUGACCAGUGCCUUAGUCGAGGAACAAUCUCUGAAAUCCUGCGACAACAGAACCGGGAGGGAAUAAGUGUGAAACGCCCACAAAUUACCUCCCCCUCAGCUGCGUCCCAGCGGUCACACAAGAAGAGAAAAACAGUGAUUCCUUCAAGCACAGUUCCCUGUCAAAGUAUCAAAUCAUUUUUCCAGAAAUGAUUAUUCCACAAAUAACAUGACUGUAAUCUUAAACAGUAAUUGAUAAAGAAUCAAUAGAUAUGCUUUUAUUAGAUGGAUGGAUAAGGAUCAUGCAACAUCAAUGUUGACAAAUCCGAAUAAAUAUGUUAUUGACUGAAACA